AUGCUGUCAAAAUGUCUACAAAUAACAUCAAAAACCCAUCAUCUCAUCAAUUAUUCUCAUCGAAAUCUCAACAUCAAUUUCAAAUUCUGGAAAAAGCUUCAACCAUUGUGCGAUCUCAAAAACCAAACAGUAAUUCUGGCAGAUGGUUCAAGAAAAGCUGCUUGGCUCAAAGAUCGAGAUCUUGUCGAUUCGUUUGUUCCAAAUAUUCAUACAACUUAUGAUACAGUAAGAUAUGGGCUUAAACUAGCUGGAGACAAGGGAAAAAUGUUUGGAGAACCUUUGAGAAAUAAGAGUGGAGAAGUUGAAUGGAAAUGGAUCAAUUAUUCGGAAGGAAUCAAACAAGCUGAUCGAAUUUCACAAUCAAUGAGAAGAAUUGGAUUGAAAGCUGGAGAUGAUACUAAAAUUGGAAUAUUUUCCAAAAAUCGGACAGAAUGGUUGUUGGCAGAUAUGGCUAAUCAUAAUUUCAGUAAUGUUACAGUACCAUUUUAUGAUACGAUUACUGUAGAUGAUAUGGUUUAUAUUAGCAAUUUGACAGAGAUUCCAUUGAUUUUUACUGACUCAGAGGAUAAAACCAAGUGUAAGUACAGGUUUAAGUACCAAACACGAUUUGUUCUUACAAUUUCAGAGAGAUGCAGACUAGAAAUAUCUAGUUAGCGACUCUCAAACGUUGAUGUCAAUAGAAUAAUUUCUGAUUUCAGUGCUCAUCGAAACCAAACCUCGCUUAUCAACUCUCGAAACAAUCGUUCAAUUCGAUCCAAUUUCAAAAUCCACUCGAGACCUUGCAACUUCCCAAAACAUAAAAGUUUUCGGCUUCAAAGAAUUCGCCAAUUUAUCCAAACUCAUUGAUCCAAUUCCACAUGUUCCGCCAAAACCCGAUUCCAUCGCAUCAAUUUCUUUUACAUCUGGAACAACUGGAAGACCAAAAGGAGUUAUGUUGAGUCACAUCAAUUUGUGUUCAGUUUCAUCGUUGUUGACAGAUUUUGAGUAUGAUAAAGGGGUUGGCGAACGGUUUUUGUCGUAUUUGCCGUUGGCGCAUAUUUAUGAAAGAUGUUGUAAUGUUUCUGCACUGAUGACUGGAGGGUAAGACUUUUUCGAAAAGAAAAAAAUAAAACAACGUCACUCCGCUUGCACAUUGUUUAGUUUUCUCUGAAACCGUAGUAUCGUUGUUUUGUUCGCACUCUUUUCUAAUUUUCCUUUAUUCUUGCAGAAACAUUGGAUUCUAUCGUGGAAAUCCUGAAAAUAUUUUGGAACAUGCUAGAUCUCUCCGGGUCAAUACAUUCGCCACAGUUCCCAGAGUCAUCGACAAAAUUCACAAAGGAAUUAUGAGAUCUCUUGUUAAUCAACCAAUAAAGAGAAAUAUUCUGAAAGCUGCGAUUAAUUACAAACUUCUACAUUACAAGAUCACGUAAGUUUUUUUUUUUGAAAAAAAACUCCAAAGAUCCAAUUUUCCAGCGGAACUUCAACUCGUGACACCUGGGUUGAUAGAAAAAUUUUGAAAAAGAUUCAAGAUCUUCUGGGCCCAGAUCUCAGGCAAAUAACCGUUGGAGCUGCGAAAAGUGAAGACCGAACACUUUCUUUUAUGCGCGGUGCAUUUGGUUGCCAUGUUUUCGAAGGAUACGGGCAGACAGAAACUUCCGGUCCAAUUGUAGUUCAAAUUCGUGGUGAUAUUAGUGUUGGAAAUGUUGGAAUACCAAUUCCGUGUGCAAUGAUCAAAUUACGAGAUGUUCCACAUUUGGACUAUUACGUGGAUAAAAAUGGUGGUGAAAUUCUAGUGAAAGGAUACAAUGUGACAAAGGGUUAUUAUAAAAAUGAAAAGGCUACAAAAGAAGCAUUCACAGAAGAUGGAUUUAUGAAAACUGGAGAUAUUGGAAGAUGGACAAGUAAUGGAACCCUUGAAAUUAUUGAUCGAAUGAAAAAUGUGUUCAAAUUACCACAAGGAAAAUUUGUAGCACCAGAAGGUGUUGAAUCCCUUUAUAUUUCUUCUCGAUUUGUAAAUCAAGUUUAUGUUCAUGGAGAUGUUCAAAAACCAUGGCUUGUUGCAAUUGUUUCGCCAGAUGUUGCAGUAAGUUUUUAUAAAAUUCAAGCACAACUAUUCAAUUUUUGUAUUUUCCAGCAACUAACUGCUUAUGCUGCAAGUCGUUUCAACAUUACUGGAAAAUCGAUUGAAGAACUGUGCAAAGAGCCCCAAUUAAUCAAUGCGAUUCAAAGAAAAUUGAUGUUGAUUACAAAAACUCACGAUCGUCCAAAAUAUGAAGGAGUUUAUGCAGUUCAUUUGACACCUGUUCAAUUCACAUCGGAAAAUGGUUUGACUACACCAACUUUGAAGAAUAAAAGACAUAGUUUGGCAAAAUGGUUUGAGAAGGAAAUCAAUGAUAUGUUUCAUCAAAUUGAACAAGAUGAGGCCAAAAAGUAUCUUGAAUGA